AUGGCAAAUAUUGAAAAACUCCAGUUUCCGGCUUUGGAAAUAACUGGGGCAAAUUACACGGCAUGGAUAACUAAUAUGGAGCUUCAUCUAGACUCGGAGAAAAUACUCGAGACAAUAAAAGAAGGGAAUAAAUCAGCUUCUCACGAAAGAUCUAGGGCCGUAAUAUUUCUGAGAAAACACCUAGAUGAAAAUCUUACGCAUGACUAUGCGAGGGUAAAAGAUCCUCUAGAUCUUUGGAAAGCCCUAAAGGAGAGGAUAGCGGCGCAAUUAGAAUAUUGCGGUAAGCCCGUAACGGAAGCAGAAAUGCUUGAGAAGACUUACCAAACGUUCCACAAAAACCAUUAUGUUCUACAAGAACAAUACAGAAACCGUGGAUACACGAGGUUCUUUGAACUCGCUGUAGCGCUCAUGAUAGCGGAGAAAAAUAAUGAACUCCUUAUCAAAAAUCACAAUACCCGACCCACGGGAACCAAAGCAUUUCCUGAGGUGAAUGCGACGGAUGUAAAAAAUCCGGAAAGAGGAAAUUUUUCCUAUCGUGGUCGUGGUCGUGGUCACGGUCGUGGUCGUGGCCAUCGAUUUAAUCGUGGUAAUGAAAGGAGUUACAACCCAAGAGGAAGGGGAUCCAACACAUGGAAUCGAUCCAAUCGUGGAAAAGGGAAUGAAGCCCAAGAAAACCCUACUCGUAAAAACGAGAACGUCUGUUACAGAUGUGGAUCGAAGGGGCAUUGGUCUCAAGUAUGCCGAACUCCUCAGCAUCUAUGUAAGUUGUACCAAGAAACCAUCAAAGGCAAAGCAAAGGAAGUUAAUCUCAAUGAGCACUUCGAGGGUACAACAUCUACAUACCUUGAGUCUUCUGACUUUAUGGACGAUGUCGACGAGGCCACUCAUCAAGAUAAUUAA